AUGCAACCUCCACCUCCCCCCGACUCGCCGCCGCACGACUCCGAUAUGCCCCCACCACCGCCUGGCCCACCUCCACCCAUCGACACUAAGCGCAAGACAACGAGGCCACGACGGACAAAGACCAAAACUCCGUCGAAAGACUUAGAUGCAUACACAGACGAGUCGGACGUAUUCGAAGAGGACGUGGAGGCUAUAUUGUUCGCAGAAGAGGAGGAAGACCGACGCAAAGGCUACACAGACUGUUUGACGGAGACCCAGCUGGAUAGCACCGAGUACCCGUAUCCGGCAUACCUCGCCAAGCUGUCGACACUGUUCACGGAGCAAAGUGCCUUCGGCAAAAUCCCCGAGGACUUUAUUUAUUGCAACAACCUGCUGGUUAGUCCAAGUCAGCUUAAGCUAUUGGACACGCGGGCUGCUGCGCUAGAGCAAGAAAAGUUCAGGCAGACUAAUGGAAGCACUGGAACCGCCUGCAAAGAAGCUUAA